CAUCCAACUACUCAACCAUUUAUUGCUCAAGAUGGCGCCCGCACAACCUGAGCUGAAGAAGUACCUCGACAAGAGACUGUUCGUCCAGCUGAACGGCAGCCGAAAGGUCAUCGGUAUCCUCCGAGGUUACGAUGUCUUCCUGAACAUUGUCCUCGACGAAGCGGUGGAGGAGAAGGAUGGAGGAGAGAAGGAGAGAAUUGGCAUGGUUGUUAUCCGUGGUAACUCGGUAGUAAUGCUCGAGGCUCUCGAAAGAAUUGGCGGCGAUGACCGACGUGGAGACCGAUAAUCCUGAAGAAUGGCGGAAACACUGGAAGAGACGACGGAAAUUAUGUGAUCUUUAUUGGCGUUAAGGUCGAAAAUGAGACAAGUCCUUGUGGGCAGUUUGUUUGGGUCACAUCUUACUAGAUAUCAAGAGAGGAUAUCCUCGAAUUGUUAUACCAUGUCCAGCCAAACGCUACAC